AUGAAGACGCUUGAAUUCCGCAUUCGCAAGCUGCACGUCAACAGCGAGACGGAGCGCAAGCUGCAGAAGCGACAGCCUUCACGCAUCUAUGUGGGCGAGGAGGCCUUGAUCGAGCUCACGGGCGGCAAAGACGGCGGCAAGGUCGUCUUCAUCGAGAAGGCAGCCGACGCAAACCAUGAUGGCUCGUUCCCGCACUCCAUGCCACGGCGCGAGGCCACGCUGUGGAAGGCCCCCGAGAAGCUAGAUAAGGGCGUCACCCAGAUGUACGACGCCUUCCGUGACGCCUCGGGCUACCGCCUCGGCGAGCAUGUGCGCAUCACAGCCCUCGGCGGAACCCUCCCCGACGCCGUCGACAUUGCCGCCGCCCAGGAGAACACGGCCGCUGCUGGUGGUGCUGGUCAGGAGCCGCUCCGGCCGGCCGAGAUCCCCGGGUGGGAGUUCUUCCUCUGCGGCAGGCUGUCCUAUGUCGAGCACGUCUAUGCCGGCCUGACAUUCAGAAACCUCACCCUCCGAGGCCCAGAGAGGUCUUUCGUUGUGGCCUCGGUCAACGGGCAGCCCGCCGGGAACGCCCGCUACCUGGACUGGAAAACUACAGUGACCAUAGCCAAGCGUGCUGUCGCCGGCGAGCAGGUCGACGCAGCUGCUGGACAGAAACUGCAGUUGACGGGCAUCCGCGGCCUGGACGCACAGGUUGAGAAACUCAACAACCUGCUGCGCGUCUUUACCAUACACUCUCCAGCCAGGCCCAGGGGGAUCCCGCCAGCCAUCGUCGUCCACGGCGGCCAUGGCACCGGCAAGACACUACUGCUAAACAACAUCGCCAAGAGCGGCUGGGGCACAGUCUUUCGCAUCCAGUUCAAAGACAGGCUUGCCGAGAUCCAAGACGCGUUCCAAAAGGCUCGCCUCCACCAGCCAAGCAUCGUGCUGAUCGACCAGCUCGAGAGGCUGAUCGACAAAGACCGCAAUAACCGUGGCGCAGUCGUGAUAACCCUCUGCGAGGCCCUCGACUCCCUGGUCGAAGAUGCUGCGACAAGGGGCGAGCCUCCCCAAGUCCUAGUCGUUAUGUCCUGCCAGGAUUACACAACAGACAUCCCCGAGGACCUGAAAGAGCCUCGCAGGCUCACCAGCGAGAUCUACCUGCCGCUCCCCGACGUCGACGGCCGGAGAGAAAUACUAACCUCCAUGGGCCUGGGCGUGGAUUCGGACAAGGAGGAGGCACUCCUGCGCCAGCUUAGCGAGCGAACGCACGCCUACAACGGCAAGGACCUCAGGCGGCUGGUGGACGAGGCGCAGCUUCUCGGCGCCAUCCGCCAUUCCAAGACCGACAUACACAGCGAGGCACAGACGGAUGACACAGACGCAAACGCAAACGCAAACGCAGACGCCGACGCAGACGCCGACGCGGAAACACCCCCGGCUGCUGCCUAUUACACGGCCGAAGACUACGAGGAGGCGCUGAAGCUCGUGCGGCCCAGCGCCAUGCACGACAUCAACCUCAAGCCGCCGCCGAUCCACUGGAGCGACAUUGGCGGGCAGGACUCGGUCAAGACGUCGCUGCGGCGGGCCGUGCGGCUGUCGACCGAGUCGGCCGAGGUGCUCAGCCGGUACUUCAAGCGGGCGCCGAAAGGGUUCCUGCUCUACGGGCCGCCCGGCUGCUCCAAGACCAUGGCGGCGCAGGCCAUGGCGACCGAGUCGGGGCUCAACUUCUUCGCCGUCAAGGGCGCCGAGCUGCUCAACAUGUACGUGGGCGAGUCGGAGCGGGCCGUGCGGCGGCUCUUCCAGCGCGCGCGCGAGGUCGCGCCCAGCAUGAUCUUCUUCGACGAGAUCGACUCUAUCGCCAGCCAGCGGCACGGGUUUGGGCAGAAGCCGUCAUCAUCAUCUUCGUCUGGAGGAGGCAUCAACGUGCUGACGACGCUGCUCAACGAGAUGGACGGCUUCGAGGCGCUGCAGGGCGUCAUCGUGCUGGCCGCCACCAACCGGCCGCAGGCGCUGGACCCGGCGCUGCUGCGCCCCGGCCGCUUCGACGAGCUCAUCUACGUCAGCCCGCCCGACGAGGCCGCCCGCCGCGCCAUCUUCGCCCGCGUCGCCGCCCAGCGCGCCAUGAACCCCGACGUCGACGUCGACGCCCUCGCCCGCGACACCGACGGCUACUCAGGCGCAGAGAUCCAGGGUAUUUGUACUGUUGCUGGCAUUGCUGCGUACGACCGGGACGUCGCCAGCAGGGUGGCGAGUGCUGGUGGGGAUGUGAUGGAGGAGAAUGGGGGAGGCAUCAUGAUGCAAGACCUCGAGAGCGCAAUCAAGACCCAGAAGCGCCAGAUCACGAGGGAGAUGGUCCAGGGCUUCGAGGAGUGGGAGAAGCAGUUCCGCAGGUACUGA